AACAUCGACAACUGGCACUUGCCUGCAUUCGCCCAAACCAGGGACCAUAAUCUGGACCCUCUGGACCCGGAGCUGAUCUCCGCCACUCCACGCAUCUCCGUCAAUCCCACGAUCCAGCUCGCGUCCGCCCAAGUUGGAACUACACAUCCCCGCGGCGUGGGGAGCACAUCUGCAGAGUCUCCAUGGCAGUCCCUCACGACGCUGCCUGUAACGCAGGCCGUGCUAUCACACGGGAGUAUGGGCUACGGUGACAAGAAAUUUUAUGUGGCU